AAUUUAGGGUUUCCUCAAAUCUUUCCCCUUUACCUCUUUCUCUCUCUCUCUCUUCCUCUCUCCCUUUGAAAUCGAACAAGGAUGGGGAAGAAGACAACAACGAAGGAGGCGAAGGCUGAAGAAUCUCAGACCCAAUCAGGAAUCUUCACCACUCUCUUCUCCGGCGACGCUGCUGAAGCCGGAGAAAGCUCUGGCUUUUCGAGUCUCUUCUCCGAUAACAACCCUUUCCGGCGAAAGAAGCCUGAGCCAGAACCUAAUGUCGAUAACGACGAAGAGGAGGAAGCAACAGUUUCCCCCGUGAAGGCGAAGAAAUCCAAAAAGGUCAAAACUUUGGUUUCAGAUUCCGACGCCGAGGGUGAUGUUGAGGAAAGUGGGUUGGAGUCGAAGAGGAAGAAGAGGAAGAGAGACGAGAUUGAGAGCGAGUACGAGACGAAGAAGUACGGAACCGUGGUGGAGUUGAAGGAGACGACGAAGAAGGUUGGUGAGAAGAGGAAGAAAGCUGAUGAAGUGGCCGACACGAUGGUUUCGAAGGAAGGGUUUGAUGACGAGAGUAAGCUUCUUAGAACUGUCUUCGUUGGGAACUUGCCGUUGAAGGUUAAGAAGAAGCUCAUCUUGAAGGAGUUUAGUAAGUUCGGUGAGGUUGAAUCCGUGAGGAUACGCUCUGUGCCUAUUGUCGAUUCGAAGAGGACGAGGAAAGGAGCUAUCAUGUUGAAGCAAAUCAAUGAGAAAGCCUCAAGUGUUCAUGCUUAUGUUGUGUUUGAGACAGAGCAAUCUGCUGAAGCUUCUUUGGCUCUUAACAUGUCUCUGAUUGAUGGGAACCAUAUCCGUGUUGAUAGAGCAUGUCCUCCUCGUAAGAAGUUGAAAGGUGAAGGUCAGGAUACUCUUUUGUAUGAUUCAAAGAGGACUGUCUUUAUAGGCAAUCUCCCUUUCGACGUGAAGGAUGAGGAGGUGUAUCAAUUGUUUACUGGUAAGAGCAAUCUAGAGAACAAUCUAGAAGCUGUUCGUGUUAUUAGAGAUCCUCACUUGAACAUUGGAAAAGGAAUAGCUUAUGUCUUGUUUAAAACAAAGGAAGCUGCAAAUCUUGUAAUCAGGAAAGGGUAUUUGAAGCUUAGAGAAAGAGAGUUGCGUAUCUCUCGAGCCAAGCCUGAUGCAACACCAUCAAAGAGGAAGGCCAAUCCUUCUGAAGCUUACUCUCCAGCUGAGAAAAGACAACACAAGGACAAAGUGGUCACACCAACUGCCACCGGGAAGGCUAAUCUUUCGUAUCAAGGUGUACGAGCUUCCAAAUCUGGCGAUGAUGAUAAGAAGAAGCCUUAUCAGAAAAGCCCUGCGCAGUCAAAGAUGAGACCUAGAAGUAGCAGCAGUGAAGGCAACAAGGGUGCUGAUAGUAAGAGUGCUGUGAAGCAGCGAAGUCAGAAGCGGCCUGCCGUUGCUGCAAGGAAAGCAAAAGCAAACGCGAAAGGCUCAAAAGAGAGCGGUGGUAAGAAAUUUGCAGGGACUAAGCGUAAACAAGAAAGCAGAACUCCUGAAAGCUUCUCUAAGAAGAAGAAAACAAAACGGGUUUAGGCGGUUUUAGUUGGAUUAUAAAAUGUGGUUGAUGUGAACCUCUUUCUUCUCCCUUUGAUAUACUUGUCGCCUUUGUAUCGUUUUAUGACAAUAUGAUAUAACUCAGUGUAAUGUUGCAACAGUUAUGGUUAUACUUGAGAGAUUUAAAAAACAGUUCUUUUGAUGGUUUG